UUUUUCAUUUUUUUUUUCUUGUUCCUUUGAUGCCAGAGGCUACGCUGCUCUUCGCCCAUGGCGGCGGCUUCUGCAAGCAGAUCUGGGACCCCAUUAUCCGUCGACUGAAGAGCUCCCCCGCCCUGCAACAAGCGGCGACGGAGUUCGUAACCUUCGACUUUCCUUAUCACGGCGCGAAGCGUGACGAAUCCGUGACGCCAACGCUUGAAAUGAGCAAUCCUGCGAGUCCGAGAGCAAACCAUCCUGCGCAGGAUUUGGUGCCGUGGACGACGGCAGAAGUGCAGCGUCAAGUGCGGAUGCUGAAGGAGAAGUAUACAGUGGGGAAGAGACCAGCACUCAUUGGCAUUGGCCACUCUAUGGGGGCUGGAGCCUUAUGGAACGCGGAGGUGCAAUAUCCUGGCACCUUUGACGGUCUUAUUUUAUUCGAACCGGUGUAUGGCGAAGAGGACCCGGCGAUGACAGACACGAUCGCGAGUUUCUUAGUGGCUACUACGCUGCAGCGGACGGCGUCGUGGUCGUCGAGACAAGAAGCGGUGCAGUACUUCGAAACCCUCAAGAACUUUAACUCUUGGGAUCGCGAGUCGCUGGCGUCGUAUCUGCAAGGAGCUCUCGUCGAUGAAGCUAAGGGGAAGACGGUAUUGGCGUGUCACCCGCAUAUUGAAGCGUCAUUGUACUGCCACGAGAUUCUUCGCUUUACCGAUAGCGAACUUAAACGACCGAAGUGCAGUGUUCGCUUCUAUGGAGGAGAACGCUCGAAUCUGUUCUUUACGCCGUAUUUUGAGCAUGCGAUGAAGCUGUACCCCGAUAUCUACUCGAUCGGCGGGCCGAUGAAAGACUGCACACAUUUGCUAGUACUCGAGGACCCCGAGACAGCGACGAACAAGAUUUUGAGCGACCUCAUAAAGGCUGCUCCGUUCAAGAAAACACCGAGCCGCAUGUAAAUACAGUGUUCAUAGUCUUGAUUUGUUUCUUGCUAUCUACGCAUCAUACAAACAUCGUUAAGCGUUCCUACAUG